CACAGACUGUGGGCUGACACAAAGCAGGUGUGAGUCAGGUGAAGCUGCCGAGCUGCGGGCGUGGAGUCAGACUGAUCCUGUUCCUCUGCACGCACACGAGACACAACCUCACUGUCGCACACAAACAAACCCAGCACGCACACAGUUCGCGAUGUCUGGCAUUGCAGCAAAGCUUCAGCACCAACGAGAGCGCGCUCACGGGAUCGGAACCAACUCGCACGCGGUGAAAUACCUGAACCAGGACUUUGAGUCUCUGAGGAACAGCUGUCUGGAGAGAGGGCGGCUGUUUGAGGAUGACUCCUUCGAGGCUCUGCCCUCAUCCCUUGGCUUCAAAGAGUUGGGACCAAACUCCUACAAAGUUCGGGGCAUCACAUGGAGGAGACCCAAGGAAAUAUGUUCUGAUCCAAAGUUCAUCUUCGAAAAUGCUUCCAGGACGGAUAUUUGUCAAGGAGCACUUGGUGACUGCUGGCUCCUCGCAGCUAUCGCCUCCUUGACUCUGAACAAACAAGUUUUGUCUCGGGUCGUCCCCCAUGACCAAAGCUUUGACGACCACUACGCAGGCAUCUUUCACUUUGAGUUCUGGCAGUUUGGUGAGUGGGUCGAUGUGGUGGUCGAUGACCGUUUGCCCACCAAAGAUGGAGAGCUGCUGUUUGUUCACUCGGCGGAGGGCUCAGAGUUUUGGAGUGCACUGCUGGAGAAGGCCUAUGCCAAGCUGAAUGGAUGUUACGAGGCUCUCUCUGGAGGCAGCACCAUUGAGGGUUUCGAGGACUUCACUGGAGGCAUCGCUGAGAGGCAUGAGUUGAGCAGCGCUGAUCCCCAUCUCUUCCAUACCAUCACGAAGGCCCUGAAAAGAGGCUCUCUUCUGGGAUGCUCCAUUGAUAUCACCAAUGCACGUGAUUCAGAGGCCGUCACAUAUCGCAAACUGGUGAAGGGCCAUGCCUAUUCAGUGACAGGAGCAGAGCAGGUGGAACACAGAGGAGGCAGGGUGCAGCUGAUAAGGAUUAGAAACCCGUGGGGUCAGGUGGAGUGGAAUGGUGCCUGGAGUGACAAUUCUUCCGAAUGGAGAUACGUGAGUGACGAUGAUCGAGAGAGGCUGUCGCACCGCUCUGAGGAUGGGGAGUUCUGGAUGUCAUUUUCCGACUUCCUCCGUCAAUACUCUCGCCUUGAGAUCUGCAACCUCACGCCCGACGCCCUCAGCGACGAGUACAAGAAAUGGGCUGAGUCAGAGUUUGAAGACACAUGGAGAAUGGGAGUUUCAGCCGGUGGCUGCAGAAACUACCGUGAUACCUUCUGGAUGAAUCCUCAGUUUGUGAUAAAGCUGGAGGAUGUGGACGAUGAGCCUGAUGAUGGGGAGGAGGGCUGCACCUUCAUCGUGGGCCUGAUGCAGAAGAACAAGCGUCGCAGGAGGAAAAUGGGGGAGGACAUGGAGACUGUUGGCUUUGCCAUCUAUGAGCUGCCUGAGGAGUACUCUGGCAAAAGGCAAGUGCACCUGAAGAGAGACUUCUUCCUGUACAACUGCUCAGCCGCACGCUCCGAGACGUUCAUCAACCUGCGGGAAGUGAGCAACCGCUUCAAUCUCCCCCCCGGGGAAUACCUCAUCAUCCCCUCCACCUUUGAGCCCAACAAGAACGGAGACUUCUAUGUGCGGGUGUUCUCUGAGAAACCGGCCGAUUUCCAAGAGAUUGACGACCCGGUGGACAGCCAUGUUGAAGAGAUUCAUAUCGAUGAAGAUGACAUCGGCGACAGAUUCAGGAGUCUGUUUGGACAGCUUGCGGGACAUGAUGUGGAGAUUUGUGUAUUCGAGCUGCAGAGUAUCCUCAACAGAGUGGUGGCGAGGAGAGACGACAUCAAAACCAACGGGUUCAGCCUGGUGACUUGCCGCAACAUGGUCAAUCUGCUGGAUAAAGAUGGAAGCGGUAAGCUGGGACUGGUGGAAUUUAAGAUCCUGUGGACAAAGAUUGAGAAGUUCCUGGACCUGUACAAAGCGCGAGACGUAGACAAAAGCGGCUGCAUGAGCACUUCUGAAAUGAGGAUGGCUGUUGAGGAUGCUGGAUUCUCUCUAAACAACAGCCUGCAUCAGAUAGUUGUGGCCCGCUACAGCGAUUCAAACCUCUCCAUUGACUUUGACAACUUUGUGUGCAGCCUGAUUCGCCUGGAGUCUCUCUUCCAAACCUUCAAGGCCCUGGACAAGGACGGCAAUGGUGUGAUCGAGCUGGGUUUUAAGGAGUGGCUGAGUCUGGCGAUGUUGUAGAACAUCUCUGAAUGUUUUCACUUGAAGAUUCCAGAUUUGCGAUGGAGCAAAAAAAAAAUCAGUUGAUACACAUUUUUGUUGUCUCUCUAACAUAUUAUUGAGUUUAUUUAGUUUGCUCUUGAAUAAAAUAUAUGUAUGAUCACA